UAUAUUACAAGAAAAUAUUUGUUCAGACAAACAUUGAAAAAACUCAGGUCUACUCUAUUGCACACAUGCAUAGUAUAUAAUAGUCGAGGGCUAACCCACCCAUUCAGUCGUUUUCAGUCCUUUUCAGUCCUAUUCAUGUAUUUUACAGUGUUUUGCAACACAAGAACCAAAUAGAGGCGAUAUAGUGAACAAAAUAUGCCAAACAGUGACUCCUAUGCCAAAUGCAUGGCUUUCGGGUACUCGACGUUUGAUAAAACGCCAAAAUUUCAGCUCUCUAUGAGUGCCGGUGACGAACACCACUGUUCAGGCACAUCUGAGCACAGCUGCCGUUCCGCACAAACCACUGCUCCACUAAUUCCUCAUAUCUUUCCUAAAAAACGACAGAAAUAA